UUCAUUUUAAAUGGCAAAAAAAUCACGGCUGGAAUAAUUCCCCAGAUUUUUUUCAUGCAUUUGGAUCUUUUCUGCUUACAAAAAAUAUUUUAAUCAUGAGCUGUGGAAAGGAUUUUGUGGAAACUCUUAAGAAAAUUGGAUAUCCAAAAGCUGAUGAGCUUAAUGGAGAAGAUUUUGACUGGAUGUUCGAGUCUUCAGAAGACAGAUCGUUUCUGGAGUGGUUUUGUGGAAACAUAAAUGAGCAGCAUGUGGUAUCUGAAAAAGAACUGCAAGAUUUUGAUAAUCUUGUUGAGUGUGGUAAGCCCAUCUUGGAAGGAGAUGCACUGGAUGAAGCUCUGAAAACGUUGAGGCCGAUGGAUUCAAAGAACAGUAACCAAGAGGAGGAGGAGGAAGAGGAGGAACUGAAGGAAUUAGAGGAUGAGCUUCAAACUCUUCAGCAGUUAAAAAAACUUCAAAUUCAUCAGCAUAACAAGCUUCAACUGAUGGUCACUGCAAACAGCCAUGUGUUACAAACACUGCAAAGCAAAGAGGAAGAAGCACAAAAAGAUUUGAAAGAGGCGCUGGAAGUGUUUAUUGCAGCAAAUAAGAAUCUCGACAGUGAACUGCAGUCUCUUAUGGAUGCAGCAAAGAAAUUUGCCUCUUUCUUCACAGCUUCAGAUUCAGAACAUCCAGUGUUUUUUUCCCAACUUCCUUUGGACAAGUAUUUUGCUCUGGAGGAACAAAACACUGCAGCACUUACCUCACACAUAAAAAAAUAUUUCUAUCAAGGUAUGUCUGAAUGUGUUGAAAAUUCACAUGAAGACAGCUUUCAACUUGAAGAUUUAAGCAAGCAAGUCACUCGUGAGGAGACUGAUGAAGUUUCUGAAGAGAGUCAAGAGGUAGCCAGGCUCCAGACAGCAUAUAUUUGUGCUCAGCAUCAGCUAAUUCGGCUGCAGGCUGAAGAGGAGGGCAUGAAAUCAGCUGUCAAAUGUGCAGAGAGCAUGCUGCAGUCCUUGGACAAGGAUAUUGGACAACAAGAAAACCUUGAUGCCAAAAUAUCUAGUUUAAAUGAUGAAAUUUCAACAAUUAAACGAGAUAUAGCUCAGAUAAACAGCGAGGAGCUGCUUCCCCUUCUGAAAGAGAAAGCACAACUUUUGACUGAGCCUGUGCUGAGAACCUACUUGGAUCAUCAGAUUGCCCAGCAGGACUGUUACGCUGCAAGACAAGAUGAAAUGUGCAGGCACUUGAUAAGACAGAAAACAUCGUUUGAACUUAUUGAGCUGGGCUGUAAAAUGGAGAUGAAGAAGCACCAGGAGAUCAGCUGUCAGCUUGAGAAUUUGGUAGAAUCUCUGAAGAAGAGCACUGAUGAGUUGCAGCAGAGACUACAGGCCAUAACUGAGCGCAUUCAACCUGCAAAGCCGAAAGACAUUAUUAGUCCAGAGGAUGGUUUCGCUUGCAGGCUAUAUCAGCUCCUAGAAGGAGGAAAUAACAAACAGCAGUUAUUUAAAACGUACAAAAACCUGGAGCAGAUGGCUCAGAAGUUAAAGCAAGACUGUGCUACGGUACAAGAGCAGAUAGCAGCGUCUUCUCAAGAGCAGUCUCUCCUUUUGUCCAGCCUGGAAAGAGAUGUAGAUGCCCUUCGUGAUUCUCUGUAUUGUGGAGGAAAUCAGAUACAGCUCCGUAGCCCGGAACUUACUGAGCUGUUUCAUCAACUGGAAGUUGAUAUAAAUAAACUAAAUCAACUCCUUAUGGAUCUGGUUGCUGAUCUGAAGUCGAAGAAAAGCAUUCUGGAGUCCAACAAGCUGCAACAGAUGGAAAGAGACUUGUAUGUGUAUUUUUUCAAAGAUGAAGAUCACUUGAAGGAGAUGGUGGAGAAUCUUGAGCAGCAGUCUCAAGCUAAAGCCAGUGGUCUGGAAGAUGAGAAUUUCACAACCGGUGGAGUUCCUAAUGUCUAAACUCCAGUGUACUCCUAAGA